AGCCAGCGGGAUUUAACCGCCCCCUCCGCGCCGUCCGCCAUCCACCGCUUUCGCCACCUCGGCUCUCGCUCUCUGCCCCUCCUUCCCGCGCGGUUCAGAGGCUAUGGCGGACCCUCGCGUGAGGCAGAUCAAGAUCAAGACCGGCGUGGUGAAACGAUUGGUCAAAGAAAAAGUAAUGUAUGAAAAAGAAGCAAAACAGCAAGAAGAAAAGAUUGAAAAAAUGAAAGCUGAAGAUGGUGAAAAUUAUGCCAUUAAGAAACAGGCAGAAAUCCUUCAAGAGUCUCGGAUGAUGAUCCCAGAUUGCCAACGCAGGUUAGAAGCUGCAUAUACUGAUCUUCAGCAGAUACUAGAAAGUGAAAAAGACUUGGAAGAAGCUGAGGAAUAUAAAGAAGCACGUUCUGUACUGGACUCAGUGAAGUUAGAAGCCUGAAACUUGUGUGUACAGUGCGUUUGCAUUAAAUCUUGGGGUCCAUUCUACAAUUCAUUGUUUUUAAACACUGCUGUAUGUUUAAUUGUAUGAGAUUUGUGAUAUUUUAACUUGUAUCUUUUUUGCAUAUUUUAAUG